AUGCUCGAUCUCUUCACAAUAUUUAGCAAAGGCGGUAUAGUGCUCUGGUGCUUCCAGAGCACUUCUCAAAUCUUCGCACCCAGUGUUAAUGCACUGAUAAGAAGUGUCAUAUUGCAAGAACGUACGGGCAAUCACAGCUUCGAGCAUGAUUCUCUGCGUCUGCAAUAUAAACUCGAUAAUGAGUUUGAGCUGGUAUUUGUAGUGGCAUAUCAGAAGAUACUACAGCUAUCAUACGUGGACAAAUUUCUGAACGAUGUUCAUCUGGAAUUCCGCGAUCGCUUCAAAAAUGAGCUUGAAAGCGCGAGUUGGUUUUCUAACUUUGAGUUCGAGCAUACUUACAGGUUGGUGCUCGAGCAGGCCGAGCAAUGGUCUCGUGCGCAGGCCAAGCUACCGAAGCAAAUGCGCACCUUCGAUGAGAGUCAGAAGUCCAAGAAGACAGUCGCUAGCAUGAUCGAGAGAAAGGAUGAUAAGGACGAGAAAAAACCAGGUAAAAAGAAGAAGGGGAUUAAUUAUAACGAGGAUAAUCACGCAAAGAUACAAGAAAUUCCGAAACAAGAACCUCUGAAACAACAAGUGGUUCACAAUGGGGAACUCGACGAGGAAACAUUGAUCGCCAACCGCAUGAAACUCGCUCAGAAAAUGGCGGGUCAAAAGAAGAAAGCUGACAAGCAAAAAAGCCCGAAACCUGAGAAAGCUGGCAAAAAACCACGUAUUUGGGAACUCGGUGGAACUGCCAAGGAUCUCGCCACCUUGGAGCGAACCAAAGACAAGCCCGAAGAAAGCGGCGAUUACGUGCCUGCCGAUACAACUCUAGUCGGGCAGAUGAAAGGCGGCAUACGUGACCUCGAGGUGAACAGCGAGUCCGAGGAAGACGAUGACGACGAUUCCGACCACGAGGUGACGGAACGUUCCAAAACGCAGCAGUCGCAGAAGAAGGCCGCAACCAGCAGUAUGUUCUCCAUGUUCAAGAGCCUGGUUGGCAGCAAAUCGUUGAAGCAUGACGACAUGGCGCCGGUGUUAGACAAGCUGAAGGACCACCUGAUCGCCAAGAACGUUGCCGCCGACAUCGCACAGAAACUGUGCGACUCCGUGGGCACGAAACUCGAGGGCAAAGUGUUGGGCACUUUCGACAACGUGGCGAACACCGUGAAGGCCACCCUCACCGACGCUCUGGUGCAGAUACUGUCCCCCAAACGGCGGAUCGACAUUCUGCGCGACGCCUUGGAGGCGAAGAAGACCAGCCGGCCGUACGUGAUGACGUUCUGCGGCGUGAACGGCGUCGGCAAGUCCACGAAUCUGGCCAAGAUCUGCUUCUGGCUGAUCGAGAACAACUUCCGCGUGCUGAUCGCCGCGUGCGACACGUUCCGAGCCGGCGCGGUCGAGCAAUUGCGGACCCACAUGCGACACCUGAACGCGCUGCAUCCACCGGAGAGACACGGCAAUAUGUCUAUGGUGCAGCUAUACGAGAAAGGUUAUGGUAAGGAUGCCGCCGGUAUCGCCAUGGAGGCGAUCCGCUUCGCCAAGGACUGCAAGUUCGACAUUGUUCUGGUCGAUACCGCCGGCAGAAUGCAAGACAACGAGCCGCUCAUGCGGGCCUUGGCGAAGUUGAUCAAGGUGAACGAGCCGGACCUCGUAUUGUUCGUCGGCGAGGCCCUCGUGGGCAACGAGGCCGUCGAUCAGCUGGUCAAGUUCAAUCAGGCGCUGGCCGACUACAGCCAGUCUGUCAAUCCUCAUAUCAUUGAUGGUAUCGUGUUGACCAAGUUCGAUACAAUUGACGAUAAGGUCGGUGCGGCGAUCACGAUGACUUACAUCACCGGUCAACCCAUCGUCUUCGUCGGGACCGGUCAGACGUACACGGAUCUGAAGUCACUGAACGCCAAAGCUGUGGUGCACGCUCUGAUGAAAUGAGAAUGUUACACGGAAUAAUAAAAAAACCUCAAAAUACAUCCUACCAUAAUGAGUGUGUAGUUUAUUCGAGCAUGCUCGUAUACUCUGAAGAAAUCGCGAAAGUUGUUGCGAAAUGAGACAGAAUAACCGUCAGUCGAAAACAAAGAAAAGAGAGCGAUCAAGUUCUCUUUGAAAUCGCGCAGUUCUUUUCUUUCAUGGAAAUAUUCUUCCGUACAUUAUUCCAUCGUUUUCUCGAGAUUUUGUCCGAGCCAUAAAAAGGAAUAAAGUGGAGAAAGGUAAUUAUACAACAACAGAUGUACAAAUGAAAAGGAUGCAACAAUCAGUGUUAACACCAGCACCAAUUAGCAUUUAAUAACGAUAAGUCUGUAAAGUAGAUAUAAAUAUCUAAACAAUAAUUACAAUAAAACGAUUUUCGGUCUCUAAGUGAAGUUUCGAUUAAGAAUCGACAGUAUCGGGCUGCAUAUAAAUAUUAUAAGCAGCUCGUUAUCACUGCCAUGAUUGAUGUUGGAGGACUAAUAAUUGUUCGUUGAUGCGUAAUACAAAUUCCUUACGAAAUCGAACGGUUACAUCGUAUCUUGGAUUAUAUGUACAUGUAUAUUGUAUACGCGCGAUUAAUAUUGAUAUGUAGCAGUACGCGUGAAAACUUCAAUUAUCAAUUACGUAAUGAGACAUUCAUUAAGGAUCCUUUGUCAUCAUUUGCAAAUUUUCCACUUGAAUUUUGUUUCCUAAUAUCUCAUUUUCCAAUAUCGUAAAAUAACAAAUUAUGUAUAAUAUAUAUAUAUAUUUUUUUUUUUAUUUAAUAAUCUAUCUCCUAAUUUAGUCUAAUCUAAACUCAAUUCUUACGAAAUUGAUAUACAACCUCUGAUAUAUAGCCAAUGUAGAGAAAACAGGUUUGUGAGAUUCAAAAUAGCUCGAUUAUUUUGUACAAGAUAAAAAAGAAAAACACUCAAUGGAAGGACAAUUGUGUGAUCAAAGGCACACGUUAUUGUCCGAUGAAUGUUCCGUGUUUUCAAUCUCACGCAAUAAUCGUUCACAAUCGCUACCUUGUCUCACAAUCCCCUUUCUUCAAAUUAAUCUAAUUUAAUUAAUCUAAUAUCGUACGGGAAUCAGUCGGCAAAUUCGUCACAAGAUUCGUACAGAGUCGUACGCUAUUAUUCGCUCUGUUGAUCGGAUACUUCUCAAGUGUCACAAACGAAUUCCGGAAGCGUACCGUAAACAAUAUUAUCGCGCGUAAAUAACACAACGUGUGAUGUGGAUUACAAAAAAAAACAAAAGACACUAAUUCGUGCCGCGCAAUUGGAUCGCAAAAGCCGCGCGAGCUAUAGUAUAGGGGAAGGUACGAUCAUUUUUUCUACGAGUCGCGAGACCUCGCGAGUCUCUCGUGUAUCCGCUCGUAUCUUACAGUGGGUUCUUUUAUAACAUACUAAACUGUACAUACACCUUCCGCAAUUAAUAACUCUGUAAUAUUAAUCAAUGAUGACGAUUCUCCUACGCAUUGAAUUGACUAAAAUCUUCUCCCUCUUUCUCCCUCGCUUUCUCUGUCUUUCUCUCUUUCUUAGCAUUUGUACAAUAUAUCAUUCGCAUUUGAAAAAUAUAUCCCUGCCUAUAUAUGUGUCGAACGUCACCGUCUCAUAUAAAAUGCUGAAAUAAUGGAAAGUGUAAAGGGCAAUCUGUGCAUUGGCCUCUACGUAAUUCAGUCUCUGUUACACAUUUCGCGAAUGAAGGCUCUCCCCCCUCUGGCCUUUACGAUCUUCUUCUUCUUCUUCUUCUUUCUGUUUGUCUCUCUUUGAGCCAACUUUAGCACAGUAACAUAUAUAAACACAAUUUGGUAACGUUAUUCAAAACUUAUUUUUUUUCUUCACUCCACGUAACAACAGAAUGAUUUCUAUUAUAAUCAAUUGCUUUUUCAAAAAAUUGAUUCAAACUCAUCUGAUCUUAUAAUAAUAAUAAUAAUAAUAACAAUAAUAACGCUAAUCCGUCUAAUUUCAUACCGAGACAAAUAUUAAAAACCACUCCUCUCUUACACAGUGUGUGUUGUGUCUUGUGUAUAACGUUUAAUUUCGCCGAACUCGAAACGACAUUUCGCAUCCGCACUAAAUUUCUCGUGUAACUUUCCGUCCGUGUAUUGCUGUGAAAAAGCGAUAAAGGUAAAUAUGUAUCCUUUCCACUUUUCUUUUUUUUUUCUUCAAUAUACGUAUAUGUACAUAUAAAUAAUUAUUUUGGUGAUGUGAAUUUCAUCGUAUAAUGAGGAAACUACUAAUAAUAUUUCCGUGAUGAGUAACUCUUGAAAUAUCUCAAUAUCAUAUUCGCACUUACAGCAAAAAUAAACUAAAGAUCAUGAAAAAUAACAAUUAUCUCUCCUUCUUUUUCUAACGUGAUGAGCGUAAACAUAAUUAUGCUUCUAACUGUAAUAAUAUUUCGUAUUAAUUAUCGCUUACAAUUAUGAUCCGACAAUAAUUCCGUAAUAUAUUUACGUCGAAAGAUAUGCAUUGUAUAUGGGUUGUGUGUGUGUGUGUGUGUGUGUGUGUGUGUGUGUUUCGUUGUUAGGAAAAUAUAAUCGAAUGCUAAUGAUCUUUUUCGUGCGCUCUCCCCCUCUCUCUCUUCCUCUCUCGUUCCGCCGCUCGGUUAAUUGCGGAAUAUCGUAUAAAGAUUAAUUUCCCUCAUUUUUAAUCUACGCGCGUAUAAUUUGCGUGUAAUUUUAGUUUUACACAGAUCAACAGCGAAUCCAUAAACGGUUUACAAGUGAUGUUCGAUCGAGCAGGAGAGAAGCGCUUCUCAUGCCGCGCCAAUUCCGUGUAUAAUAGAUACGUAUACACGACUUUAUAAAAUAAAUGCUAAAAAUACCGUUUCAUCUACAUCCCUUCCUAUUAAAGGGUGUGAAUAAUAACGUAAUAAUUAUAAUAAUGAUAAUACAUAAUCAUAGUAAUAACAAUAAUAAUAGCAAUAAUAAUAGUAGUAGUUCUUUUCCUGCUAUAGUAAUUAUAAGAGGGAAGCACUUAUUUAUAAUAUCCAUUGACAACCCAUUCCCUCUCUCUCUCUCUCUCUCUCUCNCUCUCUCUCUCUCUCUCUCUCUCUCUCUCUCUCUCUCUCUCUCUCUCUCUCUCUCUCUCUUUCUUUCUUUCUCUCAUACAACUUUUAUGCUCCGCUGCUGCCAUUGUUACGUCAUUGCGACAUCUUACCGCAUCAUAUUUAAGACUACCGCAAUUAUAUUGUCUGUAGUCUGAGAUUUCAUUAAAAAAAAGCAUCAACUUUCACUCGUCUAUCCGCGCACACAGGCAAAAUGUACACACGCGAUAAGAGAGUGUGAGUUCUCCCGAUGCGGUCAAUUAGAUUACAUUCUACGGAGUCUUUCCUCUCUCUCUCUCUCUCUCUCUCUCUCUCUCUCUUUCUCUUUUUCUCUCUCUCCCUUCUCUCCGUCACAGUAUAUGUAUAUACUUUUAUACAAUACAUUGUCUCUAAUAAUAAGGCAUAAUCCCGAUUCUUAAUCCGAGGACUCUAAUGUACAUCAUGUAUAAAAUACACACAACGAUAAUUCCUGCCAAAUUUGCUCCCGCAAAUAACUCGCAACAGGUAGUGUGGUGAGUGGGAAGGUCCAUCGCGCGAGAGCCAUUCAGCCGCCGUUCGCACAUUUCGGAACGGAUAAUUGCUAUGCGUGACCGACGCUCUCGCGUGACGGACGUGCGAAGUGACGCGUACUACUGUACAACAAGUGACAUGUGUUUACACGAGGAAUGUCGUACACGCUGCUUCUCUCGCAUCGUCGUCUUUGUGGUUCCCUCGACGCCCUCAAUAGUCGUUACCCUCAGACUACCAAAGUAUCAAGCUGCCUCUAAUUCAGAAAAAUGAUUGAUUUCUAUGUUCCUAUAUAUGUGUGUGUAUAUAUAUACAUAUAUAUAUAUAUAUAUAUAUAUAUA